UCACAUCCAUUGAAGAAAGCAAAAUGAUAGUGUAUUUAGUGUUAAUUAUACUACUUUUGUGGGCACUAGAUUGGUACUUUAAGAAUAACGAGAAAAUACGAUUGGUUAGAAAGUUACCGUGUCCCAAGGAGCAUUUUAUUAUUGGAAAUGCAUUGACUCUCCUCGUUAAUCCAGUUGAAUUGUUGAAACUAAGUGCAGAGUGGAAUACAAAAUAUGACGGACUAUUCGGAUGGUGGAUGCCAUUUCACGGUUCUGUCAACAUUAGUCGUCCCGAGGACAUCGAGACGGUAAUGUCAAGUUCAAAACACAUUGAGAAAAGCUUACCGUACUACAUUCUAAAGGAUUGGUUACGAGAAGGACUGCUUUUGAGUACUGGGUCAAAGUGGCAACGACGUCGCAAGAUUUUAACUCCAGCAUUCCAUUUCAAUAUCCUGAAGCGUUUCUUUAUCACACUCGAAGAAAACAGCCAACGCUUGAUACAAAGUUUGGAAAAAUCCAAUGGGAAGACGAUCGACAUUAUUCCUGUUCUGUCAUUUUACACUUUAAGCGCCAUCUGUGAAACUGCAAUGGGUACUCGGAUGGACGAAGACGGACUGAGUUCGGUGGAAACGUACAAAGCUGCGAUCUAUAAACUUGGGAAGCUGUUUAUUGAUCGAUUUAGCAGACCUUAUUUAAUGAGCAAUAUCAUAUUUAACCUUUUGCCUAUUGGAAAGGAGACGAAAAGGCAAUUAAAAAUUGUUAAGACGUUUACAAAAAGUGUUAUUACGGAAAGGAAGAAGUAUAUAGAGCAGAAUGGGAUUAAAUUUCCAGAAGAAAAUGAUGAAGAUUGGUCAAUGGCGAGCAAGAAGAAAAAGAUUGCAAUGUUAGAUUUGCUAAUAUCUGCUCAACAUGAAGGUGUUAUUGACGAUGAGGGCAUUCAAGAGGAAGUCGACACGUUUAUGUUCGAGGGACACGAUACAACUGCGGUCGGGCUUACCUUUUGUUUGAUGUUAUUGGCCAAUAACAAAAAUGUCCAGGACAAAAUAGUAUGUGAACUAAAUGAGAUAUUCGGGGAUUCUCCACGACACGCCACAACAGAUGAUUUGUCUUCAAUGAAGUACUUAGAAUGUUGCGUCAAAGAAUCGUUACGACUAUAUCCUCCUGUUCAUUUCAUAGGGAGGAAACUUGAGGAAAAUGUAACGCUGGGUGGAUACGAAAUUAAAUUAGGAACAAAUUGUCACAUCUUCAUCUAUAAUCUACAUCGCCGUGAAGACUUGUUCAAAAACGCUACUGUCUUCGACCCUGAUCGGUUCCUGCCUGAGAACAGUGUCGGUCGACAUCCCUACGCCUAUACUCCUUUUAGUGCGGGAUCUAGGAAUUGUAUAGGCCAACGCUUCGCAAUGAUGGAAAUGAAGUCGUGCGUGGCGGCAAUCCUGCGCAAAUUCGAGCUACAGCCGGUCACUACGCAGGAGGACGUCGUGUGCGCCUCAGACUUAGUGCUGAGAAGUGCUAAGCCCAUUUACGUCAAAUUUAUUAAAAGAAAUUUGUAAAUCGUUACCAUCGGGUAUAUAACCAGAAACAGAGACGAAAUAAGGGCCAUACACUCCGUUAACUCAUCAGUGUUAUAUCACUUUUAUAUUUAUAUAUAACCUCUCGUUUAACUGAAAUAGUAUAGCACCAACAACUGACCUGCGUGUACGUCUCCGUAUAUUCCAAAAAAUAUUCUGUAUUUAUUGUAAUAAAGAUAAUAUCUAUAACAAUGACGCGCAAAACAUCUAAUUACAAAACAAACGGAAUUACAUU